AUGAGGAGCUGGGCAAAGCACACGAGACUCGUGGGACCUCACCGCAGCUCACCGACGCACACCACCACCAUUACCUCAACGGGGCGCCACCUGCAACAGCACCCAGCACCAGGAGGAGUCCACGCCCGCGCCCAGCCUCGACGGCGGCCUUCCCUCCCCAUCGUCAGCCGCGUCUACCCACAGCUGCUACCACACCAUUACUACCACCACAACCGCCAGCAGCGAGCCCCCACGCCCGCGGUGGUAGGGAGCACCCCGGCCGCAGCCCGCGGCAUAAUGACAGUGACAGGAAGCCCCGCAGGAGGCGCGAGCACGUCAGCCGCGCCCGGGAGCACACAAGAUGGGCCCUCGCCCGCGGCGGCCAAUCACGCCGCGCGCCCGGCCCCAGGCGCGCCAGAUCCGUCUGGGGCCGCAGCAGGGCACGCCGCAGAUCACGGCGAGAAUGCAGGCGAGCGUGAGGCGGCAGGGGGAGGAGCAGGAGAAGCAGCAGCAGCAGCAGCAGCAGCAGGGGUUGUGGAUGGAGAAGGAGGUGGGAGUGGCGGCGGCGACGUGAAGACCCUCCCGGCGCCAACAGAGGGCGGGAACGUGCAGACCCUCGAGGUCGACGGGAAACCUAUCAGCUUGGACCACAUGGGCCCUAUGGUUGUUCACAAGGACGGCACGCUGUCAAGGAUCAACAACUGGGGGGAGAUGACUGAAAUUGAGCGUCAGAACACGCUGCGGAUACUGGUGAAGAGGAACCAGGUCAGAUUGGGUGCCUUGAGGCAAGGUUUGCAGACAGAGGAUAAUGAGACCAAGUAG